AUGCAGCCGUACUUCGAGGCAGAGAGCCUUGCGAUGGUCACCAACGUAGACACCAGAAAAGCAUCAGGUGGGCAAUUUCUAGACAUGGGCGCCCUUGAGUUCGCUCCCCGCACGGACGUCAACGAGAGCCUGACCAUGGGCUACAAGGACGGCAAUCUCUACUGUGUUGCUCCCAUCGUCACAUCAGGUGGGGUCAACGCCACGGCCCCUGCCUUCUUCGAGUUCUGGGCGGUGGGUGUCAACUGCUGCGACCCCUUUGAGCCCAAGCUGUUUGCUUGUGGUGAGCCGAACGAUGAUCAGGUUCGUGGUGGAUUCCGGCUUACGGACACAUCGCUCGUUCCACAAUACAGGAAGGCCAUCCAAAUGGCACAGGAGGAGUAUCACAUCAGGAGCGGCGCGAACCCGAUCUUUCUCCAUUGGACUGGUGAUCCUGUGAAGAAGACUGAGCAGCAGUUCCGCGAUGGCGAGGCGGCCUUCUGGAAGUUUUGCUGGGUCUACUUGGCCGUGUCGGCCGUCCUAGCCUUCCUCGCAGUCGGAUCCUUCGCGCCUUCCGGUGGCCGUACCGAAGCGCUGGAGACGAAGUUGAGCUCAGAAUUGCGGUGUUGGGGGGCCCGGACUGCGACAUCUUCGGUCCGAAGAAGGAGACCGCCUGGUGCAGAUGGGGUGGCCGUGUCGUCCACGAGGUGCAGGGUCUUUUGCCGGACACCAGGUACACGGUCCAGGUGUCCCUUCUCAUUGAGGGGCAGUCUUCAGAGGAGGCGCUGUUGCAGAGUCUGGAGGCUCGAACGGCACCCGCCAGCACCUGCCAGUUUGCGGGUGAGGCCAGUGCGCUAG